CUCUGAAGAUUUCCUGUUUCAUGAAAAGUGCACAUACUGUGAGUCAUAUAGGGCAAGUCCUGCCUGGUGUGUUUACUCUGCUUCUUCUAACCGGAGCUGUGAAGGCGUUUUAUUUUUUUGGAGGAGCAACAGGCGGACCGAAAGAAAGUCCGCGACGCCUGGAUAUUAAUCCGCUGUCAAGGCUUCGGCUAAUUAAUGAGAAGGAGGGGGGCGUACGGUCCGUUUCUAAAUGGAGCUACUUCGGUUUUCCGCUUUUUGGUGUGGAACGAUACUCUUUGGUAGUAUUCUGCUCGAGGAGACGGAGGCCAGUAUAAUGAAGAUAAGAAGGCUGUGCAAGUUCUGUGAUGUGCAGGCAACCAAAUGCGCAGGUAAAGGGAGCUGUCAGGUGGAGUGCGAAAUCACGUCCAUCUGCCCCCAUGAUGAAGAUGUGUGCGUCAGUAUUUGGAGGAAGAAAGAUGACAACGUCACCUUUGAUACAGUUUGCCACAACCCAGCUCAGAAGCUGCAUGGCUUGGUCUUGGAGGAUUACAACAACAGCAAGUGUGAGAUGAAAGAGAGAAAGGGCAUGGGCUCACAGUUUUUCAUCUGUUCUUGCUCUGAGGAUGAAUGCAAUGAGCACAUCUUUUUUAACUCGCACACGGAUUCCCAGGUGAUAGCAGUCAUCUUAGUGAGCCUGGUGCCUCUUCUGGUUGUGGCUGUUAUCGUCAUCACUUCCUUCUACUGCUAUCGGGUCUACCGCCAGCGCCAAGCCAGCUCCAGACGAAAGAAGGGUCCUCCGCUGGACUUCAGCGAUGCUCACGCCAUCAUGUUAGACGACGAAGGUUCAGACAGCAGCUCCACACUCGCCAACAAUCUCAACCACAACACAGAGCUGCUGCCCAUCGAACUGGAUGUUCAGGUUGGAAAAGGACGCUUUGCAGAAGUUUACAAAGCUAAACUGAAGCAGGGCUCUUCAGUCAGCGAGGAGCAGGGCUUUGAGACUGUGGCCAUAAAGAUUUUCCCAUACGAGGAAUACGCCUCGUGGAAAAAUGAAAAGGACAUCUUCUCAGACGCAGACUUGAGACAUGACAAUGUGCUUCACUUCCUGACAGCAGAGGAACGAAAGGUGCAGAGACAGUACUGGCUGAUCACAGCGUACCAGCCAAGAGGGAAUCUUCAAGAGUACCUGACUCAUCAUAUUAUCAGCUGGCACGACCUGUGGCUGCUUGGGAGUUCGCUAGCCCGCGGAGUGGCUCACCUUCACAGUGACCACACCCCUUGCGGUCGAUAUAAGGUGCCUAUCGCACACAGGGACAUUAAGAGCUCCAACAUACUGGUGAAAAACGACCUGACCUGCUGCUUGUGUGACUUUGGCCUCGCACUCCGGCUGGACAACAAUCUGUCUGUGGAUGAGCUGGCCAACAGUGGGCAGGUGGGUACAGCCAGAUACAUGGCCCCAGAGGUGUUGGAGUCGAGAAUCAACCUAGAAAACAUUGAGUCUUUCAAACAGGCCGAUGUUUACUCCAUGGCUCUAGUAUUGUGGGAGAUCAUCUCCAGGUGUAGUGCAAUUGGAGAGGUGAAGGAGUAUGAGCCACCCUUUGGGAACCUGAGGGAACACCCGUGUGUAGAGAGCAUGAAAGACAGCGUUCUCCGAGACAGAGGAAGACCUGAGAUCCCCAACAGCUGGAUCAAUCACACAGGCAUCCAGAUGGUGUGCGCCUCCAUAGAGGACUGCUGGGACCACGACCCAGAGGCCCGUCUGACAGCCCAGUGUGUUGCUGAGCGCUUCGAUGACAUGGAGUACCUGGACAAGCUCUCAGAUCGCUCUGACUCUGAGGAGAAGAUCCCUGAAGAAAUCUUUGUUGUGGAUGAGAAGUAGAGCUCAGUAGAAACACUGCCCCCGCCAGGGCGGCUGAGGAAUUACAACCAAACAGCUGGGAGAGAAAGAACUUCCAGCGGACGCGUUGUUUGCUUAGGGUUUGUCGAAGAUAUGUGACGGAGGAGCAAACGGGAAAAUCCUGUAGAUGAAAGUGAACUGUUACCAGAGAUGGGCUUAUAUAUAGUACACAGAUCAGGACCAACAUGAAUAUAAACACCAGUGACUGACUUGAUUUUUUUUCUUUUACAUGCUUCAAAGGCUGGAUCAAGUCAUACACAAACAGGGAAAUCACAUUAUUAAGCUUUUUUAACCAAAUACUAUUUGCACUUUAUCAAUAUCUAUGCACACCAAAUGAUACAUUUAUAUGUGUUCAGUGUCAUUUUUGUUUUGACAAGACAUUUCAGGUAUAGGAAAUAAAGGGACUGUAUAUUUUUAGAAAGGGGGCUAAAAGGGAGUAACUCAAAAUAUUAAGACAUUUAAUAACACUAAUAAUGAAUAUUGGAUAUACUGGACUGCCUACUUCAAUGUUAUAAGGUGGCCUUGGAUAGAUGUCAGUGGGACUGGAUGACAGUAUGAGGCAAAUAUAAUUUCUUGAGGCAAAUUACCUAAAGCAAAGGAACAGAAAACCCACACAAGGCUGUUGUCUGCAGAGAAAGCCGAUAUCAAAUCUCAAGGACAAUGAAGUGUAAAAGAAAAGAGUAAAAUCAGCCUGAAAGGAAAAGGGGAAUAUAUAUAUGUGUGUGUGUGUGUGUGUGUGUGUGUGUGUGUGUGUGUGUGUGUGUGUGUGUGUGUGUGUGUGUGUGUGUGUGUGUGUGUGUAUUGCUCAGAGGACUCGGAUCCCAAAAAGAGAGAGUCUGUUUAAUCAAACCAAAAGAAUAAUGGGAAGAGGGAUAUGUAUAAAGGACUUUAAACUGGAGGAUCCGGCCCACUGCCUAUAUACCAUAAAAGCUGAACUUGUCUCUAGGCAUUUUGUUACAGGAAGAGGAACUCUGAUCUCCUGCUCAGAAAAAAAGUCAAAACAUUUUUGUAUAAAAUUGUAAAGUCAUAAUUAAAAGUGUUACAGUA